CCAGUGAGCUCAUCCAUGGCUGUGUUCAAAUCUGCCUCUUUCCUCUUGGUAUUACACAUCUCUGCAUCACAAACUGCAAGUUCAGGAGACCUGACAGAAUGCUCCAGACCAUUCAUCCGUUACCAUGAGCAAGUCUCAUACAACAGGGCUGCUUUGGAUCAAGAACUCUGGAGGACCCAGAGAUCCACCAACAGAGGGGAAGAGCCAGUCCAGCUUGAUUUCCAAGCAUAUCAAAGGACUUUCAAACUCAGCCUGAAACGUGAUAACAGCAUCUUCUCCAAAGACUUUGAACUCACUGGGAUGAGGCGCACCAGCUCUUUCAAUGUGUCUUUCCUUUACUCUGGAGAGCUGAGAGAUGAACCAGGCUCUUCCUGCCAUGGUUCCAUCAUUCAUGGUCUCUUUGAAGGCAUCAUCCACACUAAAGAUGGCACCUACUACGUGGAACUGGCAAGAACAUCUUCUGGUAAUGAAACAGGGCCAAGGCUUUCCAUCAUUUACCACCAACGGGAGAUAGAUUAUUCCCUUUUAAACAAUUCAAACUGUCCUUGUUUGGCCUUAAAGAUGCAUCUGUUUUGGCAACCUCAGCUUCCCGAGCUCAAUUUGAAGGAGGAGAAAACAUUAUCAAGACAGAGAAGGAGCCUUGAUUACUCCAGGACAUCAUGUCUCAUGCACUUCAAAGCUGACUUUUUGUUUUACAGGAGAUUUGGGAGCCUGGAAUCUGUGGUUGCUCAGAUUGCCAGCUAUGUAAAAGCUGUGAAUACCAUUUAUGAAAAAGCUGAUUUUGGAGGCAUCAAAUACAUAGACUUCAAAGUGAAAACCUUGCAUGUUGUACAGGAAGAUGACCCCAGCAGCUCCAUGUACUCACCCUUCAUUGGUCCAGAGAAGCUCCUGAUGCUGCAUGCUCAGUCCAACUGGGAUGGUUAUUGCCUGUCUUACCUCUUAACAGACAGAGACUACAGCGGAGUCCUUGGAAUUGCCUUUAACGGCCAAGCUGGGGACCUGGGUGGCAUUUGCUCGAAGCACAGGAAGUUUCAAGGGACACUGAGGUCUUUGAACACAGGGCUGAUCACCAUUCAGAAAUAUGGCCAUUACCUCCCGCCCCGCAUCAUCCACAUCACACUGGCCCACGAGCUGGGCCACAGCUUAGGGGCCCAUCAUGAUGAGAGCCAGCAGUGUGCCCGCUUCAGCAUGGAUACCACCCAUGGGAACUUCCUCAUGUUCGCCCAUGCCACCGACGGCGAGCAGCCCAACAACGACAGGUUCUCUCCCUGCAGUACAGCUUUCAUCGGGAAGACCCUCCGAGCCAAGAAGGAUCAGUGUUUUGUAGAAACUGACCGGCCCAUCUGUGGAAACCACGUGCUGGACGCUGGAGAGGAGUGUGAUGUGGGGGACAACACCACAGACCCCUGCUGCCAUGCUGCCACUGAGACAGAGGGGCUUCGUUGCCGGCUGAAGGCAGGAGUGCAGUGCAGUCCCAGCCAAGGCCCCUGCUGUAGCCCAGAUUGCAAAUAUUUCUCAACGGGGAAGCUGUGCCAAACAGAGACAGAGUGCCUGUUGGGGAGCUCCUGCCUGGGAAACACUGCCUACUGCCCUGCCCCUGUAGCCAAGGCCAACUUUACUCCAUGUCUCAUGGGAGCUCAGAUAUGCGUUGAUGGGAGCUGCAGAGGCUCCCUGUGCCUCAGCCAUGGCUUGGAGCCCUGUGAAUGUGUCAGCCACUCCCCACGGGAGCAGUGCCACCUUUGCUGCCAGAAGCCAGGCCGGCCCAGUACCUGCGCCAGCACCAGAUCCUCCCUGCUGAAGUCCGAGUUCAAUGGCACCCGGAUCCCACUCAUCCCAGGCACACCGUGCAAGGGCCGCCGGGGCUACUGUGACAAGUUUCACAUCUGCCGCCUGGUGGACGAUGACGGGCCGAUGGCCAGAGUGAAGAAUGCCAUCGUGGGCUACAUUGAGCUGGAGGACAUGUCUGCCUGGAUGAAGACUCGCUGGUGGGCCGUUUUGCUGGCCAUCCUGACCGUAGCAGCAAUGAUGUCCUUCACUGUGUUCUUCUUUGGAAGGACUGUAGACAGUGAGAGAGGAACAGAAAUGACCACCAGGGCCAUGGAGUCAGACAAACCACAGCCCCACCUGACUGUGACCCAUUGGGAAUGGACCGAGUUUUACACUGAGACCACUUGUGUGGAGGAGACAAGGAUCCAGCAGGUCACAGUGGGCCAGUGA